AUGCGUCGUCGGUUCGCUACUCUGGCUUUAUCCUGUGUCCAUCGUGAAUAUCCAAAUAAAGUGGCUCAUGUUCUCGUAUCAGAUAGUGAUGCCAAACCACCUCGUCAAUUGACUCCAGCUUUUUAUGGUUGUUUUGAUUGGCAUUCGGCUGUUCAUGGUCAUUGGCUUUUAGCUCGUCUAGCUCGAAUCGAUACGAGUCUAGCGGCAGAAUGCCGCCAGGCACUUGCAAAAAGUUUUACUAAAGAAAAGCUCCUCAAUGAAGUCGAAUAUAUAGACAGUGAUCAACGACAAUCCUUUGAACGACCCUAUGGGUUGGCAUGGUUCUUGCAACUUGCCACAGAAUUAGACGAAUGGGAACAGGAAGAGAAAGACAAUGCUGAUGAGAUUCAUCAAUGGCGUGAGAAUAUACGUCCACUGGAGACACUGAUUGUUAGACGUCUCUCUUCUUGGCUUCCAAAACUAUCUUAUCCUGUUCGCAGUGGUGAACAUAGUCAGACAGCUUUUGCACUUGGCUUCUCGCUCGAUUAUGCUCGCCGGAUGAACAAUACCGUGUUCGCUCAACUUAUCGAACAACGCUCACUUGUAUUUUUUUCGUCGGAUAAAAACUACCCAUUCACCUAUGAACCAUCGGGUGAAGAUUUUCUCUCUGCUGGUCUGGCUGAAGCUGAUUUAAUGCGUCGUGUUAUGAAUAAAAACCCACAAGACUUUGUUCAAUGGUUUAAUGAAUUCCUCUCAACCGAAAUUCUACCGGCUAGUCUCGAACCGCCAUCAAUUGCCGAUCCGACUGAUCCAAAAUUAAUUCACUUAGCUGGCUUAUGCAUUAGCCGCGCAUGGAUGCUAGAUGGAAUCAUCGAUGCCCUAUCCUUCGAUACUGAACAAAACAAUCUCCGUGAUCAAUUGUUUGAAUUAAGCAAAAGAAAUGCUGAAACAGGAUUGACGGCUAUUGAUGAAAGCAAUUACGAAGGAGGACAUUGGCUGGGUACAUUUGCAGUAUAUCUUAUCACGCGUUCUCAAGGACCCACGAAUGACAGUGUUGGUCAAAAUUAUGGGAUCACCAUACUGCUAUGUUUUUUUUCAAAGGUUUUUCUCUAG